AUGAGUAGAGAAGCAGUUCUAGCUAUUGAAGAAGUCACGGAUGGCACGAAUCUGAUUCUUCCAGAUACUGACGUGAGUAGAUCAAGCAAAUCUUCAGUUUCAUUGUUUGCUCCAGCAUUGAGUGAGUCUGAGCAAUUCAAAAAGACGCACUCUUUGGCUAAUCAAAAAGAGCUCAUAGCCCUCCAGAGACUAGAUGAUAAGUGUGUGCAGCUUCAACAAGAGGGAUGUUACGCGAAAGCUCUUGAGUGUUUGGAGAAGGGACUUGUGCUGAGGCAGCAUUCUUUUGGCUCAGAGAGUGACGAAGUCUGGACUUGUUGUCGGAAGGUGGGCGAGAUAUGUAACCUCCUAGCUAUGACGUAUUUGCAGCAAGACAGUUUUCGGGAUGUGCUCGAACUGUUGAAGAAAGCCGAAAUUUUGACAAAACGAUUUCCCGCCGGUCGAGCGGUGACACUGAACAAUCUAGCGUGCUACUAUCGCCGACAAGGCAAUUUACACAAGGCUCUAGAUUGUUUGAAAGAAGCAUUCAAGAUUGAGGCACGUUUAGAAAAUCUAUCAAACAAAGCCGAUACACAUCUGAAUAUGUGUGCUGUACUCUCGCAGCUUGGCAAACAUCAGAGUGCGCUUAGUCAAGCACAGUCAGCACUUGUUUUAUUGCAUGAAGAGUUGCAAUUAGGACAUGUGGAAAAUAUUCCAACUCGCACAAAAAAUGACGGCGAAUCUUCUGUAACGACAGAUCCGACAAUAUAA